GCUGAGGCAAAGCGGAGCCGCAGUGACAGAAGCAAGCGGAGCGGCCGCCGGGAGGGACUCACCGAGGCGCAGGGGCUGGAGGUGGUGCUGGGGAGCAUUCACUCACCAAAUGUCUGCAAUAACCAAGGCUGGAUGAGACUGAAACCAGGAGACAUGAACUCAUUCUGUGUCUUCCGUGUAACUGGCAGGGACUCAACUACUUGGCUAUCACCUGCUACCUAACAAGGUGAGAAUCAGCAGGAUGCUGCAGUCAGUAGCAGAACUGGGACUGGAAGCCAAGCCACCUGAUAUGGGAUGCAGAAUCUCAAAAAGCGUAUUAACCACUGUGCUGUAUGCCCACCCCAAGACAGCUUUCUUAUUCUCUAAAGUUUGUUCCAAGUCAACUUUUUGUUGACCAUACCCUCUGUGUAUAAAACAGAUUCAAGCAAAAUGAAGUAAAAAGAACAAGGAGACAUAACUCAUGCCUUUUCAGAACAAGAGUAGAUUAGUGAUCAAGAUAUGUCUCAUCUGUAGCAGGUAAUCAUUUUAGAAAAUGGCUAGGUCCCUGUGGAGAAGACUUGGAAGAUUUUCAGUGUAAACUAGUGGCAGUAUGCAGUGAGUGAAUGCUUCUCAAAGGAACCUGACCUUCCCUUCAGUUGAAGAACUGGAUGCUGGUCAAGUCCUCUGUAUUUUUGUGAUAUCUGUUAACAAUCCAGAUGAGUGAAUCAACAUCCCAAGAGGAACCCAAGCCUGCUCAGAAAAAUGAAAAAGAAGACAAUGAAAGGCAACAGAACUCAGCUGAAGUGAAGAAACCUGCUGAGAGUUCACAGAGUGUACCAGAUGUUUCUGUAACAGAGACCAGCAACAAUGUGGGGAAAGAAGCAACAGAUGAAAUCAAACCCCAAGAAUUAACCAUGGAGGAGCAGCCAACAGCUUCAACUUAUUCUGACCCUAGAACCUCAGGGAAUAUUGUGAUUAGAAAACCUGCAAAAGUGAUUUUGGAUUUAGAUGGAAGUGAACUGAAAUCAAAGCUGGAACAACCAUGGAAGAAAAAUCUUUUUGCAAGAGUGGAAGCAAGAGCCCAGGCGAUGCAACAAAAAAUACUAGAUAAGGAUAAUAAGAAGAAGGAACUAGAAAAAAAGACUGAGAAGAUACUUCCUAAGGAUGAUUUGGCCAAAGAGUGGUUUAAUACCGAAAGCCAGACACUGAAUACUCGUGUAUAUUUGCUCGAUAAACUUCUACCCACCUUGGUUCCUGCAGCGGAACAAAUGUUAACACAGAUGGAAAAGAAACAAUUUUCGACAGAAACUGACAUUGUAACCAAGUUUGAUCCAAUUAAUCAUUUGGGGGAAUAUUUAAUGAGAAAAAAUCCUCUUUAUAUCAAAGACCCAGGCAUGUCUGGUUACCAGAGGGUGAUGAGAGAUGUCACAGAAGACCUGAAGAUUCAUGUUCCUGACACUAUCUGCAACAGAGUGUCCAAGAUGAAGGAGCAAGUUAAACAGAAACGAGAAAAAAGAGAACGCAUAAGUCUAGUCAAAGCCAAGGUGGCCAACAUGCGUAAAGAAGCCCUGCAGGAGCAGUUCAAUGAAUGGAUUCUAGACCCCAAAGGAAUGAUUCCUUUGGUAGUGGUUCAGAAUGUUCUUCAUGAAUUUUUUCAGAAGCCAGAAGUUGAGCUUGAAUCGUGUUGUCAACAAUUGGAUAUUAUUAGCUCAAUGGAACCUGGCUUGAACAAAACAGAAUUUACAGAAUACAUCUCCUCACACAUUGCAGACUUUAAAAGUGAAAUGUUUGAAGAACUGCUUAAACACCUUUGCCACUGUGCAGAUGAAUUCAGAGAGGUCAUAAAAGCCGACAUGCGGAGACAGAUAUUUGCAGAGCUCUUCCUGUACUGCGAUCGAGGGAAGGUAGGAAUUUUGGAUCGGCAGAGAACACUGGCCUUGCUGGAAAUGUUCUAUGACCAAAGUCCACGGAUGCUUAGGAGUUUACUCCGAAACCCAAGACAAUGGCCAUUCAUUGAAUUUGAAGAGAUAGUCCUGCCUGAGUUCUGGGGAGACAUGGAUAAUCAGAAGCACAUUUAUGAAGACUUUGACAAAGUGCUCUUAGAGAUGAAUGCAUCACUUUCUGAAAGAAAUGACAGCAAAAGCCAAAGUAAAUUGUUAGAAAAUUCAGAAGAGAAGCAUAUGCCCAAUGAACAGGUAGAAUCAGCACCAUUGUUCAACCCACCAGAACAGCAGAAAGGAACAACUGCUGAAGAAGGAUCACACAGAGUCUCAACUGAAGAACAAAGCAGAGAUCCAACUACAGAACCAGAACUGUACAGGGAAUCAGCAGCAGAAGAAGGAAUCUAUUCAGAGUCAACUCCAGAACCAGAAUCAAGCAGAGAGUUAAUAGAACAAGACCCACAAAGAGAGUCUAAUAUAGAACAAGAACUACACAAAGGGUCAAUAGCAGGACAAAGACCAGACAGACCCUUGGUUGCAGAGCAAGGAUCACACAGAGAGUCCUCAGUAGAACUAGAACCAGAUAAAGUGUCAGUUGAAGAACCAGGGUACCACGGAGAGUCAGUGGUAGAACCAGAGUCACACAGAGGGUCAAGUCCAGAACCAGGGUCCCAGAGAGAGUCCAUUGGAGAACAAACACAGUUAAGAAUGCCAACUACAGAACCAGAACUGCGUAAAGAGUCAACUGCAGAACCAGGGUCCCACAGAGCAUCAGCUGCAGAACCAGGGUCCCGCAGAGCAUCAAUUGCAACACCAGGUUCCCAGAGAAAGUCAACUGCAGAAUCAGAGUCCCAAAUAGAGUCAAUAUCAGGGCAAGUUCAACACGAAGGGUCGACAGAGGAACAAGGAUCACAAAGAGAAGCGCUAUCAGAACCUGAAUUACACACAGAAUCAAUAAUACAAGGAUCACACAAAGAAUCAGAUGAAGGACCCUACAGAGAAGCAACUCCAGAAGAACAACAGGACAUAAGCCCAACUUCACAACCAAGAAAAGGAACUAACAUAAAAGAAAGUACAAAAUCUAAGGCAACCAUUCCGUCUGUGCGCAUUGAAAUCCCUUUACAGGAAAAGCGUUCUUGGGAGCAAUCAUAUGAGAACUACAUACCUGUGAGGUCUGAAAUGCAAGAACAAGUUCCAACAUCAAGUAGAAAAGAUCCUAUUUCAGGAACUGCAAGAAAGGAAAGUCAGAAAGACAAAUCCUGUGAGCCUAAAUCCCCAAAAAUAGAAGGAAAGCUCUGGUCAGGUGAAUUUUUGACGUGUAACUGGGGAAUGAAGUAUGUCAAAUUUGAAGACGAGGAACAGGCAAAUAUAAUCUAUGGUAACUCAAGGUUCUCAGACCUACACUCAAUUGUAAGAAAUAUUCAGUCUCACAAGGAAGUAAAAGGUAGGAGUGCCUUCACUGCGGUUUCCUUCAAUCUGCUCCAGUUUGUGCAACUCCUGGAGACAUUUGUUGGUGAGGAUACCUCCUUGAAUGUCAGCGAGACCCUUGCCUCGUUUUUUAAGAGGGGCUAUGUUGAGAGGAAAGAAGAGAAAAUGAGUGCUUUAGAACAGGUAAGACAAAAUGCUUUCCGAGUCCGACGGGGGCUUCUCCUAGAAGCCCUCUUUCAGAAGUGGGACAGUGAUGGCUCGGGCUUCCUGAAUGUAAAGGAAGUUGAUGAACUCUUGUAUACAUACAAGCAGGGAAUGGAAAAAGAAUCUAUGAAGAAAGCUAAACUACACAUCCAAUUUGCAAAGCCACAUCCUGGUCAUGAAGUAAGGUUGUCAUCAAAACAAUUUCAGAAAUACAUAGAAUUGGUUGUAUCUGAACUCAGGGGCAAUGAAGACCAAGUUCUGGAAAGCAUUGUGGAAUUUCUAAUGAAUGCUUUAGAGAGGAGUCAUACUGAGUGUCUGAGGAAUUGUGCCAGACGGAAGUGGCUGCAUCAAAUCCAGCGUGCUGCAGAGAUGAGUGGCGUGUCCCUGGAGCCGGUGUACACUGAGACCUUUAAGGCCCUGACCCAGGAUGCUGAAACCCAUGGAAAUAAGAAGAUCAGUGCUCACAUUUCCCUCUUAGAAGAAAACGUCCUUCUGCCACACAGAGGGAGUGUGGUGUUGAGGAAUGUGGCUUGUACCGUAGAUGAUGCUCCGUUUGUUCUGAAUAAAGUGCUCUACCGGGACAUGAAAGGAAUCAGCUUUACAGUCGUGGAUGAAGGGAAGCCAAUCCAUGUCCCCCAAGUUCAGCACCACGGGAACAUCUUCUUCUGGAACCAGACUCGCAGUAAGGAGGAUUCUAACGGAUCCUUCCUGGCACUGCCUCUUCAGGAUGCACACAUGAGGAUCUUUGGGGUCUUGGCUGUUGACACGCUUAGAGAUCCUCACAAAAUAAACAUCUUCCUCCCACAUGAGAUCAGAUUCUACCAGGGUGUUGCCAAUGUCUUUAGCUCUGCCUAUCACUACAUCCACAGCCGCGAGCACAUCCUGCAUAUAGUGAUCACUGGCAUUGGUUGGCUCUCCAACGUCACAUCUGGCAUCACCUCCAUCACUACAUUCUUUGUGGAGCCUAGCCCAAACCAGGACUCAGACUAUGUUUUACGCAAUAUGAUGGUUACAGGGCAGCUGGGUCUGACAGAAAUCCACACGAAUCCCCCUACCAUCACAAGGAAGUCAUGUGUCUUCAGAGAUUUCCUCUUUAAGUGCUCAGACAGUUCCCAAGUGGUUUUGGCUUCUGUCUGCGGAGAAACCCACAUAGUAAUUCCACUUCGUGAGAGAACAGGGGAGGCCCUGGGAGUCCUCGAUUUUAACAUUGGCCAGAUGAGGAUGCUACUGUAUCAAGAAUAUAAAGAUCUGCAGAAAAUGGUGAAGAUGGUCCAGGCUGCCUGCUAUGAAAUACUGGAUGAAUUAUCUGGCGAGAUAAAGAAAAAAUGUGUCUUAGAGAUUGAAAACGUAGGGGAAGUUCGGCGGGCAGGGAUCAUCUUCUUCCGCACCAUGCUGCAGGAACUGCAGGACUGCCUCCAGCUGCUCAGCUCCAUGAACUUCGUGUCCCUGCUUCUCUAUGACCACAGCACCCAGGUACAGCCGGUGUCUCCUCAAGACAGCAAGGCCCGGGACCUGCGAGCCAACAUAAACCUUGUGCAAGACAUCCUGAGAGGCAUCAUCUUGUUCCUUCACCCAGAGCUGGAAUUUUCCAGCGACCUUCAAAACUGGGAUAAGUGUAAAUUUUAUGUUAACAAAUACCUAGUCAAGAACAUCUGUGCCUUUGAUCCAACUGCUAGCGAUUUGGAAAUUAAUUCAGAACUCAUUGGUGACUAUUUCAAAGAUCAUUCCAGAACUGAAGUAUGGAAAUUUGCUGAUAUUGUCAUUGAACUACUAUACCACUGGGGACACAUCUGUUUAGCUCUCAUAAACAAAAAGCAAAACAGUGCAAUUACACCACCGUUGCCCUCCAAGACAGACAACUAUAUUUGUGCAAAAAUGCCAGGGGCAGCUUUGCCAGGAAAAUGUUAGUAGAAUUGGUACUGUGUUUAGGAUGCUUGGCCUCCUUCAGU